UUCACAAUCCCACGGUCUGUUAGUGCUCCAUCACCAGCUGCCUUCAAACCCACAUAGCCUGAAGACAUGGCGUUCAACGGAACAUGGAAGGUCGACCGCAACGAGAACUAUGAUAAGUUCAUGGAGCAAAUGGGUGUCCAUGUCAUGAAGCGCAAACUAGCAGAGCACGACAACCUGAAGAUCACCAUCCAGCAGACCGGGGACAAGUUCCACAUCAAGGAGUCCAGCACCUUCCGCACCAAGGAGAUCGACUUCACCCUGGGCGUCCAGUUUGACUACAGUCUGGCUGAUGGAACUGAAGUAGCAGGAGCCUGGGAGAUGGAGGGCGACAUGAUGAAAGGCAAAUUCACCAGGAAAGAUAACAACAAGGUCCUGACCACCACUCGAACUCUGGUGGGAGGAGAGCUGGUGCAGACUUACAACUAUGAGGGAGUGGAUGCUAAGAGGAUUUUCAAGAAUACCCAGUAACCCAGAGUCUGAAGUCUAUAUUUUAUUUUUAUAUAGCUGACACCAUGUGUUUUUUUCUAACAGAAAGACAAGGCUAAGUCAAGUGUUUUCUAAUGGGAUUCAACUUCAUAUACCUCAAAAAUGUUAGACAUGUCCAGAGUUUUAAAGCUGUACUGCUAUAAGCCAGAUAUUCCAAUUAGCAGCUUUUAUUUUGGUUAAAAAUAUUUACUUGAAAUCCAGUUAUUACUGAAAGAGUUGGUGACAAUUUAGGUAAAAGAAAAGAACAGUUAAUCUGAUGGAGAAAAUGCCUCACAAUGCUAGUUUAAGUGCCUUAGACAGAACAUUAAUAUCCCAGAGAUGCAGAAACUCUCUGGUUAUAUCCAACCAAGGUGUUUUUUUUUUUCUUUGUCCAGAUUUUGGGAGCAGAUUAAGUUCCAGAGGGACUAUUUUUUCAAGUUUUUUAAUAUGUUUUAUUGUUGAAUAUUAAAGUUGUUUUUUAAAAUUUCAGGCAUUUAAAAAAUCUGCAUCUUUUUUAUUGGAAUUUAAGCAGAAAUCUUCAGACAAAGUUAAAUAGUACAAGAACAUGCACCAUAAAGGGUACAUCUAGAGAAAGGAGGGACAUAUUCAGUUGGAUUUUUGGGGGAAAUUACUCUUUAAAAACUUGCCUUUGUCAUUAUGAUCUCACACAAGAGUCAAUAUUGUAUAUCCUUCAAACACUGGGGAAGCAAGUUAAUUUGCACUAAUGGUCUUUAUUUUAGGCUGUAACAAUAAAGAAAAUUCUGUC